AUGGCAUCGUCUUCAAGUCCGGUGAUCGAGUCAACGCCGCCGCCGCCGUGGGAAAGUCUGCCGCCAGAGAUCACGGCGGCGAUUUUACAAAAGCUGGGGGCAGUGGAGAUACUGAUGACGGCCGUGAAAGUUUGUCCUACAUGGUGGCGCGUGUCCAAGGAGUACCCUUCUAUAUGGCGGUGUAUUAACAUGCAAGAUUCGAACGUGCUGCGGCCGGUACUCUUGGUGAAAAUGUGCCGCUGUGCAGUGGAUCUCAGCCAAGGCCAAUUAACUGAGAUCAACAUUAAUGGUUUCGGUACUCAUGAUAUGAUUCUCUAUAUUUCCGAGAGGUCUAGUCAGCUUAAAAGUCUUCAACUAGUGAAUUGCCGUGGUAUAUUGUUCGCGUCUGUGGUUGAAGCAAUUACUAAUUUUCCUCUGCUGGAGGAGCUGCAUCUACAACAACUUGACUGUAUGAUCACUGUGAAUGGUAUCGAAACUAUUGGCAUUUCGUGCCCGUUGUUGAAGUCGUUAAGCUUUUGUGAUCGAAAAAAGAAGUCGAUGAACUUUAACAACCUAGGGUUUUACGAUGCUCCGGGGAUUGAGUGUGAUAAGAUUGCUGAAGCAAUUGCCCAAAACAUGCCGGGACUUUUCCAACUUCAACUUAUCGGAAGUAAGUUGACCGAUGUGGGAUUGAAGGCCAUUCUUUGUGGUUGUCCGAAUCUUGUUUCACUCGAUCUACGAGGGUGUUUCAAUGUUUUUACGUGUGCUGACGUGGAACAGUUGUGUUUGGAAAGGAUUAAGGAUCUUAAGCUUCCUCGUGACUCUAUGGAUGGUUAUGAUUUCGGCGCUGAUGAUUCUGAUGAUUCUGAUGAUGAUUAUGGUUAUGGUUAUGGUUAUGAUUGUGAUUAUGAUAACCACGGUAGACUUGAUGAUGAUGAGCAUUAUUUUGGUCGUGAUUACGAUGAUGGUUAUCAUGAUCCUGAUGAUGUUGUUAUCUACGACAAUGAGUAUGCAUAUGAAAAUUAUUGA